AUGGUAGAGCGGGAAAAUAUCCAAACUCCAAUCUACUACAUCAGCAAAAUGCUCACUGGCCCUGAAACUCGUUACUCAAUGAUAGAAAAACUGGGCCAAAUCUUAUCAAAACCCGACAUAGCGGGGAGAUUAGCUAAAUGGGCCAUCGAGCUAAGAGGCUACAACAUUUUUUACAGACCAAGACCAGCAAUCAAAGGGCAAGUCCUAGCGGACUUCGCCACUGAAGUUCCCAUUGAUAAAAUACAAGAAUGUGAGGCAAUCCAGAACCCGACGCCUGUUUUUGACGACAGAGUCUGGACCUUACACACCGAUGGUGCUUCCAAUGACGACGGAGCAGGAGCAGGUCUCCGAUUAGUCAGCCCGGAUAAUCACGAGCUCACAUAUGCCAUACGCUUAGAUUUCCAAAGUACCAACAAUGAAGCAGAAUACGAAGCAUUUUUAGCAGGUCUUCGUCUAGCGCUCAAAAUGGGAGCAAAAAACCUUGAAGCUAACGUCGACUCAAAACUAGUAGCUGAACAAGUUAACGGUCGUUAUGACACAAAAGGCGAGGCUAUGGCAUUGUACCUUGAACAAGCGCGAAUGUUAAUCAAUCAAUUUCAGACAUUCAAAGUCAAUCACAUAAACAGAAGCGAGAACAAACAUGCUGACGCGCUAAGCAAGUUAGCUGCUACUAGCUUUAAACACUUAGCAAAGGAAGUGCGCAUAGAGGUACUAUCCAAUCCGUCCAUUCACCUGAAACAAGUAAGCGUCAUAGAAAUGGGAAAUCCAUCCUGGAUGUCUCCAAUUAUUUUGUACCUUCAACACGGAAAACUCCCGGAAGGAAAGGCAGAAGCCCGAAAAAUACAACACAAAGCAAUAAACUACGAGAUGGCGGAUGGCAUCCUUUAUCGGAAAUCAUUCAUGGGUCCAUUACUACGUUGUGUUGAUAAAACAGACGCUCAGUAUCUGGUCAGAGAAAUCCACGAGGGAUUAUGCGGGAUACACGCGGGACCGCGCAUGGUCGUGGCAAAAAUAAUGAGCGCCGGAUACUACUGGCCAGGAAUGCACAUGGACGCAGUUGAUCUAUUACAAAGAUGCGAGGCAUGUCAGCGCCAUGCACCAAAGACACUUCGACCCAAAAAUCCGCUAAUUCCCGUUACUUCCGCCUGGCCAUUCCAACAGUGGGGCAUCGAUCUUGUUGGCCCAUUUCCCGAUGCGCCAGGUGCAAUUCGGGUUACCAUUGCGCAUUAUUUCUGA